GCUGUUUCCUUUCAAGUGAUAAUCAAACAAUGGCUGACGAUUUCGAUGACGAACUUUAUAACGUGUACAACGGAGCGAAGGAAGAUUCUUAUUCCAACGUAGAUAUUUAUGGAGGCGAUUAUAACGGAACUACGAGUCAGGACGAUGGCGCGAACGCUGGAACCGAAGGUUAUGAACCGUCGUCUUCUCCCACCGGUCAAUACAGAGAUCAACCUGAAUACGACGAUCAAGAUCAAAAUGGUCAACAUAAUGAAGGCUCAGAGGAAAAGGAAGAUCAAAAGGAUAUGCGAUAUUCACAGCAGCAAAUGAUGAUGAAUAAUUGGCGCGGUUUUCAAGCCAAUCCAUAUCAGUAUGCAGCAUAUCAGCGUAACCUCCAGCAAAUGAUGAAUCCAUACCAAAUGCAGCAGAUGUUCCAGCGACAAAUGCGCCAACCACAACAACAACCAAUGAUGCAAGGAAAUCAAGAUGAUAUGGGAGGUAGCAGUGGAAGCGCUAACCACCCCGUUGCCAGCGCGGCGAAUCAAGACGAAGGCAAAAUGUUCAUUGGAGGACUUAACUGGGAAACAACGGAUGAUUCAUUGAAACAGUAUUUUGCACAGUUUGGAGAGGUGACCGAUUGUGUGGUUAUGCGCGAUGUCGUUACUGGUCGUUCUCGAGGUUUUGCAUUUUUGACCAUGGCCGAUCCAAAUGUCAUUGACGAUAUCGUAAAUCAGGAUCAUUACCUUGACGGUAAAAGAAUUGACCCUAAACGCGCGAUUCCACGAGAAGAGCAGGAUAAGACAGAGAAGAUCUUCGUUGGCGGCAUUUCGCCCGAUGUUGAUGAAGUAGAAUUCCGCGAAUUCUUUUCACAGUUCGGCAGAGUCAUCGAUGCCAAUCUCAUGACUGAUCGAGAAACCGGUAGACCCCGUGGAUUUGGAUUUAUUACUUUCGACAGCAGUAACGGUGUAGAGGAAGCACUGCGCCAUCCCAACCUUGCUAUCAAAGACAAACAGAUCGAAGUGAAAAGAGCCAUGCCGAAAUCACGACAAGCUCGUGCACAAAAUUCUUUCAAUCCUGCAUUUUCUCCUGGUUCUGCCGGACGAGGAUAUAUGCCAAAUAGUCGAUAUGCCGGCGCAGCAUCGUUUGGCGGGCCGAUGGGUGGUGGUGGUCGGGGUUACGGUUUUGGCAAUAUGUAUGGUGGCAUGUAUGGCGGAUAUGGCAACUACAAUAUGGCUGCGGCAUAUUAUGCCAACCGUGGAGGCUACAAUAUGGGCUACUAUGGCGGUCGCGGAGGUAACAACGGCGGCAACUACGGAUAUGGUGGCGGUAUGCAAGGAGGUUACAACAACGAUGGCGGCCACCAAGACGGUGGCUAUGACGACGCAGAAAAUGACUAUGAGGUUAAAAUCGGCGGACAUCAUGACCGUCCACGAAACGAAGAAAGACGGUAUUCUCGCGAUACGAGAGAUCGAUCAUCGGACUACGGAUCGUCUGGCCGUGGCGGUUCAGGAUCUGUCAGUGGCGGUGGCGGCGGAGGAGCGUUGCAUGCAUCUCAAAGCGCGAGAAAUCAACACCAUUAUCGACCUUAUUAAAAUAGUAUGCCAAUUUCAGGAGAUUUUGUUAAAUCCUCUGUUUUCUUUCGCUCUGUGGCCUUUAUUACACUCAAGCGUUCGACUCCAUUUGGGCCGUCUGAUGAUGUUACAAAUAUAAAAUUUAUAAAUUCGUAUACAAAGCAAUCUACAAGAAGAAUGGACUCAAAAACAGAACCGAGGCAAAUGAUUUUAAAAAUAAAGAUACGACACUUAUACUACUAGUACUAAUCCCACCAACUAAGUAUGCUGCUUUUGGUAUGAAAUUGCGAAACAGGUCUAUAUGGAAAUUUAGCAUCGAUAAUCAAAGAAGAGCACGGGGUUGGCU